CAGGCAACACCAGAGUGCUCCACGUGCGUCAGCGAGGUCCACUCUGCCUCUGACUACAACGCGGGGGAUAGCUCAGCACCCACCAGACAGUCAUCCUCCAACAGGGAGAGGAAGAUGAGCGAAAGCAGCAUCUCCAACGAGCUCCGCCUGGAAGGGAGAUUCUGUGAUGUGAUCAUAAGCGUGGAUGGGGUGGAAUUCAAGGCUCACAAGCUCAUCCUCUCUUGUUGCAGUACCUACUUCAGGACUCUGUUUACCAACUGGGGCAGCGAAGACAAGAUGGUCUAUCGAAUCCCCGGUGUUUCAGCUGAAAUGAUGGGUCUUAUCAUCAAUUACGCCUACACUCGUACAGUACCAAUCACAGAGGACAACGUUGAGAGUUUGCUGGCUGCAGCAGACCAGUUCAAUGUCAUGGGCAUUGUCAACCUGUGCUGCGAGUUCCUCAGAUCCAGGCUGUGCUUUGAGAACUGCAUUGGCAUCUGCAGACUCACUGACUAUUACCACUGCCCCGACCUGCGCGCAGCCGCCUGCGUGUACAUCCUGCAUCACUUCGAGGAGGUGUCCCAGGUGUCCGAGGAGUUCUUAGACCUCUCUGCUGAGGAGCUGGCACACAUCAUCGAGAAGGACGAGCUCAACGUGAAGCGAGAAGAAGCCGUGUUCGAGGCUGUGCUGAGGUGGAUCGCUCACGACCCGCAGAACAGGAGGCAGUACAUCGCCUCCUUGCUGGGCAAGGUUCGACUGGCACUCCUGCAGUCAGACUACUUCAUGAACAACGUCAAGGCUCAUGAGUACGUGAAGGACAAUGCGGAGUGCAAGGAUAUCAUCAUCAGUGCCUUGUCGGAGAUCUAUGACCUGAACUCGUACGGCCAGAGCUCCUCAGCCAACGCCAACCCACUCACCCGGCCACGCCUGCCCUACGCCAUCCUUUUCGCCAUCGGGGGCUGGAGUGGGGGCGGUGCCACCAGUGCCAUUGAAACUUAUGACGGCCGCACUGACAAGUGGCUUAAUAUCCCAUGGGAGCAAGAAAGCCCCGUCGCCUACCACGGCUCAGCAUAUCUGAAAGGCUAUGUAUAUGUCAUCGGAGGAUUUGACGGCACGGAUUAUUUCAAUAUCGUGAAAAGGUUCGACCCGCUCCAGAAGACGUGGCAGCAGGUGGCACCAAUGCACUCGCGCCGCUGCUACGUCAGCGUGACCGUCGUGGACAACUUCAUCUAUGCCAUGGGAGGGUUUGAUGGCUACAUACGGCUCAACACAGCAGAGCGCUAUGACCCAGACACCAACCAGUGGACCCUGAUCACCCCCAUGCACGAGCAGAGGAGUGAUGCCAAUGCAACCACCCUGAACGGAAUGGUGUACAUCUGUGGAGGGUUUGACGGCGAUCAAUGCCUCAGCUCAGCUGAAGUAUUCGACCCUGCCACAAACCAGUGGUCCCUGAUUGCCCCAAUGAGCAGCAGGAGGAGCGGGGUUGGAGUGAUGGCAUACGGGAACCAGGUGUACGCGGUCGGAGGGUUCGAUGGAAACAGCCGGCUCCAGACCGUGGAAGCGUAUAACCCCGUCACCAACGCCUGGCACGCCGUGCCCUCCAUGCUAAACCCACGCAGCAACUUUGGCAUCGAGGUGAUGGACGGCCUGUUGUUCGUGGUCGGGGGCUUUAAUGGGUUCAGCACCACCGUGGCUGCCGAGUGCUACGAGGAGGACACCAACGAGUGGUACGACGCCCACAGCAUGGGCAUCACCCGCAGCGCCGUCAGCUGCUGCGUGGUGCCAGGGCUCUCCAACGUCAUGGAGUACAUCGCCAGGCAACACUACUACCGGCACAACACCUCCAUGGACAUCUUGUUCAGCACUUCAACUCGGAGCUCACCGUUGUAAAUAGUUCCCCCUUAGCUACGCCUUAUGAUCAGUCAUCACUGGAUGCUCCUGUAAAUAGUCCUGCUGAGCUAAUAAAAUCUUCUGAG